AUGGCUUCAGCUCCCACUAUCGUUCUGGUACCUGGCGCGUGGUGCACGCCAGUCGUCUAUGAUACUCUGCGUGCUACUCUAACCUCGCGUGGUUUACCCUCGACGGCCAUCGCCCACCCCUCCAUUGGUGCGGAGCCACCCUCGAAGACUCUGGCCGAUGAUGUUGCCCACUUGCGGUCUGAGUUAGUCUCAUUGAUCGACAAGGGGAAGGACAUCAUAUUAGUGCUACAUUCAUACGGUGGAGUUGUCGGAUCUGGGGCGGUAGAAGGGUUGGGCAGUGCAGAACGCGCGCAACAGGGAAAGCCUGGUGGAGUUAUCAUGGUAGUGUACAUGAGCGCGUUUGCCAUACCAAAGGGAAAGAGUCUGCUGGAUAUGCUGGGCGGCCGGUUCUUGCCGUUCAUGAAGGCGGAGGGUGAUUACGUGCACUGUCUCGAAGGAGCUGAAUACGGUUUCCACGAUAUCCCACCUGUUGACAGGGAACUGUGGACAUCCCGGUUGACACACACUUCUAUUGCGGUAUUCUCCGGUGCCUCGACCUUUGAGCCCUGGCAUGUCACGCCGACCGCCUAUAUCAUCUGCGAGGAAGAUCGGGCACUUCCGCCGCCAAUUCAGGAACAGAUGGCAGAAAUGCUGAGCACGAAGUGGAUCUAUCGGCUGAAAAGCUCCCAUUCGCCGUACCUGAGCAUGCCAGACAAGGUGGCGGAUAUUCUCGAGGAACUCGCGGGCAAGGUUUUGACUAGUGGUGCGGGAAUCGCCGCAAAUGUGUGA